CGUAAAUGUUGUAACACUGUAAACAUUACGGAGCUGUUACUUUUUUAGAGUAAAAGAAAAAUCCAAACAAAUAAUAAGAUGGGUGAGAUGUCUGCAGAUGCUGUCACCCUGGAUCUACUGAGAGAAGCCAGGGAGACGGUGAGAAGCAGCCCCCUGGGUGUCAUCAACACCCCCAUGAUUCCCUGGUGCCAGACCACCCUGCCUCUCAACAUCAACUGCAACAUCCACAUCAAACUGGAAAACAUGCAGAGAACUGGGUCCUUUAAGAUUAGAGGAGUGGCCAAUCAAUUUGCCCGAAGAACAAAGGGUGGUCAUUUUGUCACCAUGUCUGCAGGGAACUAUGGGAAGUCUUUUGCGUACGCCUCAAAACACUAUGGGUCAAGGGGCAAGGUGGUGAUGCCCGAAACUGCUCCAAUGUCCAGAUCCAUCCUCAUCCAGAGUUUCGGGGUGGAGGUGGAGCGAGUUCCCACCUCCAGUCUGAUGAAUGUCGUGAACAGCUGCGUUCAGGAGGACAACAUGACGUUCCUGCACUCAUACGAUGACCUGGAUCUAAUAGCGGGACAUGCCAGUCUCGGUAUGGAGGUGCUGGAGGUCCAAUCUGAGCCCGAUGUGGUGGUGGUGUGUUGCGGCGGAGGGGGGCUGUUGGCCGGUGUGGCUGCUGCCAUCAAACUGUCAGGCUGUGAUAAGACCAGGAUCUACGGCGUGGAACCAGAGGGAGCCUGCACCAUGUACAAAAGCUUCAUUGAGAAGAAACCAGUGGGCAUGGACACCAAGAGCAUCGCCUCAGGUCUUGCACCACCGUUUGCAGGCAGGUUGCCCUACGAGUUGUGCCAGCGUUACGUGGAGGCGAUCGUCCUGGUGAGCGAUGAGGAGAUCAAGGCGGCGGUAUCCGCUCUCUACAGGUCUGGACUCGUGGUGGAGCCGUCGGGCUCUGCUGCCUUCGCUGCCAUCAUUAACAACAAGAUACCCGAGCUGGAGGGGAAGAGCGUUGUGUGCAUCCUCAGCGGAGGGAACAUCGGAAAAGACGAGCUCGCCAACUUCCCAGACUGAGAGACAUCUGGGGAACUACUUUAUGUGACUAAUUCUGACUAGUUUGUGCCUAUGUGUGGCUAGUGGGGAGGAAUCAAGGAGUAAUUGUAGGAGAUAUUGAGUUUAUGUUGUAUCAUAUUUGUUCUGAUGGAGGUGGAGAUGAAUUAUGAUCAAUCAUCUAUGAUCCAUAAUUUGAAUUUACACAAUAUGUCAAUGGCCAGACUCUUGAUAAGCUUUCAAAGUGCCACACACUACAGUAAAUCAAUAUACAUUUCCCUCCUAUGGAAAUGCUGUUUUCUCUAGUGAAUAGAACUUUCUCUUUUCAUAAAACACCUCAGUCUCAUGUUUUGAGUAUGCAAAUGUUGUUAUGAUCUGAGCUGAGAAUUCAAAUGAAUUUUAAAAGAAGUAAAUUG